AUGGCAUCAAGGGUUACAGGAGAGGCAGAAUAUUCUGAUGACACACCAUUGCCUCAUAAUGGUUUGCAUGCUGCUUUAAUACUCAGCAGAAAGCCUCAUGCCCGUAUACUUGCAAUCGAUGCAGCAAGGAAGGUUCUUGUUGAGUAUGAAGAGCUCCCAGCCAUCUUAUCAAUACUGGAUGCCAUCAAUGCCAAUAGUUACCAUCCUAAUACAGAGAGGUGUUUUAGGAAAGGGGAUGUGGAUCUUUGCUUUCAAUCACGUCAAUGUGAGAAUGUCAUAGUGGGGGAAGUUCGAGUGGGAGGACAGGAACACUUCUAUUUGGAACCACAAAGCAGUGUGGUAUGGACAAUGGAUGGUGGCAACGAAGUUCAUAUGAUCUCAUCCACUCAGGCCCCUCAGAAGCAUCAGAAAUACGUUUCUCAUGUUCUUGGUCUUCCAAUGUCAAAAGUAGUUUGUAAAACUAAACGGAUUGGUGGUGGUUUUGGUGGCAAGGAGACUAGAUCAGCUUUUGUUGCUGCUGCAGCCUCUGUACCAUCAUAUCUGUUAAAUCGUCCAGUUAAAAUUACAUUAGACCGUGAUACAGACAUGAUGAUAACUGGGCAACGCCAUAGCUUUCUUGGAAAGUACAAGGUUGGAUUUACAAAUGAGGGAAAGGUGUUGGCACUAGAUCUUGAAAUCUACAAUAAUGGUGGAAAUUCACUAGAUUUGUCCCUUUCUGUGCUUGAACGUGCUAUGUUUCACUCGGAUAAUGUCUAUGAGAUUCCAAAUGUGAGGAUUGUGGGAAGGGUUUGCUUCACAAACAUUCCAAGUAACACUGCUUUUCGAGGAUUUGGUGGUCCUCAAGGUAUGCUUAUUACUGAAAAUUGGAUUCAAAGGAUUGCUGCAGAACUCAAAAAAAGCCCCGAAGAGAUAAGAGAAAUUAAUUUUCAAGGUGAAGGGUCAAUAUUGCAUUAUGGUCAACAACUUCAACACUGUACACUGGGUCCGCUAUGGAGUGAACUAAAGUUAUCUUGUGAAUUUUCAAAAGCUCGCUACGAAGUUGACCAAUUUAAUAUUCAAAAUCGGUGGAGGAAGCGUGGUGUUGCCAUGGUUCCAACGAAGUUUGGCAUAUCAUUUACAUUAAAGCUUAUGAACCAGGCAGGUGCUCUUGUUCAUGUCUACACGGAUGGAACUGUUUUAGUCACACAUGGAGGUGUUGAGAUGGGGCAAGGUUUGCAUACAAAAGUUGCUCAGGUCGCUGCUUCUGCCUUCAAUAUCCCUCUCAGUUCUGUCUUUAUAUCAGAGACAAGUACUGACAAGGUUCCUAAUUCAUCACCAACAGCAGCUUCUGCGAGUUCUGACAUGUAUGGAGCUGCAGUUCUGGAUGCAUGUGAGCAAAUUAAGGCACGCAUGGAGCCUAUUGCUUCACAACAAAAUUUCACAUCUUUUGCUGAGCUUGCAAGUGCAUGCUAUGUGGCGCGGAUAGAUCUUUCUGCACAUGGGUUUUACUUUACACCUGAAAUUGACUUUGAUUGGACGACUGGUAAAGGGAACCCGUUCAGAUACUUCACCUAUGGGGCUGCUUUUGCUGAGGUUGAAGUUGACACAUUGACUGGAGAUUUUCACACUAGGGUGGCAAACAUAUUCUUGGAUCUUGGACACUCUCUCAACCCAGCAAUCGAUGUUGGGCAGGUGCUUUUCUCCCCUUUUCCUUAUCAGUUUCAUCGAAGGAGCCUUUAUACAGGUUUGGGAUGGGUAGCUCUAGAAGAACUUAAGUGGGGUGAUUCUGCUCAUAAGUGGAUCUCACCAGGUUGCCUCUACACAUGUGGACCUGGAAAUUACAAAAUUCCUUCCAUAAAUGAUGUCCCCUUCAAAUUUAGCGUUUCACUUCUGAAGGGACAUCCAAAUGUGACGGCGAUCCACUCAUCUAAAGCAGUUGGUGAGCCACCAUUUUUCUUGGCUUCGGCUGUCUUUUUUGCCAUCAAAGAUGCAGUCAUAGCUGCGAGAGCGGAAGUAGGGUCUAAGGAGUGGUUUCCACUAGAUAAUCCAGCAACGCCUGAACGAAUACGAAUGGCUUGUUUGGAUGAAAUUACUGCAGGAAUAUUUAGCUCAGACUUCCGCGCCAAGCUUAGUAUUUGA